GUAGACGCCAGUGCGGAAGUACAUGGCCUGCCUUGUUCCCACAUGGUGAAGAUGGCUGCGAAUGAGGAAAAACAACAGGGCCACAGACCAGGCGUAUUUAAACAGAAAAACAAAGGCCACAAACAUGGCAAGCACAGGACGAAAGGUGAAAUCGAGAGAGAAAACAAAGGGAGAGUGUCAGUGACGGCCCUUACCAAAAAACAGAGGAAGGAGCAAAAGAGGAUGGACAGAAGGCACAAAGCCAGCCAGCUGCGCAGGAAUAAGAAAGACAUGGUCUUGACAGAAAAGCGACGUCUAGGCACCAGGGACGGUCCUCCUCAUUUGGUCGCUGUGGUGUCCCUCCACGCUUUGGUCGACGCUGCUGCUGUCACCAAACUGCUGCGCGGGGAGGGCGCCGGAGGCGUCGUACAUCAGGAGCGGUGCGUCAGUGGCGUCAGCGACAGCUUUGGGCUGCUCCUGCCUCGUUUUAAGCAGAGGUUCACCUUCCUCAGCCAAAGCACGGCUGACAUACACUCCCUGCUGGAUGUGGCAAAGAUUGCAGACAGCCUUGUAUUUCUGCUGGACUCUACUGAAGGUUGGGACAGCUACGGAGAUUACUGUCUGUCCUGCCUCUUUGCCCAGGGCCUCCCCAGCCAUGCACUGGUGUGUCAGGGUGUGUCUGAUCUUCCUGUGAAGAAGCGGGUUGAGUCCAGAAGAGUCCUGUCAAAGAUCACAGAGAUCCGUUUCCCCGAUGCCCGUCUCUUCCCUCUGGAUUCGGAGCAGGACGCUACUCUACUCCUCAGACACCUGGGCACUCAGAGACAGAGAAAGCUCGGCUUCCGCUCCAGACGUUCCCAUCUCCUGGCUCAGCACAUCACUUUUACGCCCAACAGCCCCACUGAGGGGACAGGCAGCGGACCCACCGGCCUGGGCACCCUCUGUGUCUCUGGGUACGUCCGCGGCCGCCCUCUACAAGUUGACAGACUGGUGCACAUCAGCGGACAUGGAGACUUUCAGCUCAGUCAGAUUGAUGCUCCAUCAGACCCUCUUCCCCUCAUCUUUACAGCAGCCAGACCAGCAAAGACUGGCAAGGAAGGAGAAGUUGACAUGCUGGAUCGAGGUGAUGAUGAGGCUCCAGUGAGGGUGCUCAUGAAAGCAGACCCAUCCUCUAGGGAGAGUCUGCAUGCUGAGGCCGAGGUGGACCCCAUGGACGGAGAGCAGACGUGGCCAACGGAAACCGAGAUUCUGGAAGCUGAAGAGGCCAGGAAGAGCAAACGUGUGAUGAAGGUCCCCAAAGGAACAUCGGAAUACCAGGCCUCGUGGAUUGUCGAUGACGACGAGGAGAAUGGAGAGAUAGACGAAGAAAGCAGUGAAGAGGACGAUGAUGACGACGACAUGUUGGACGAGGCCAUGGACGGAGAGGACGAGGACGAGGACAAUAUGUCUCAGAUAUCUCAGGAGCCAGGUUCAGGCUGUGGUUCAGAUGAAGAACAAGAGGAGGAGGAGGAAGAGUUGUGCUCCACAGAGCAAGGUGGAGCAGAUCAGCGCUAUGAUCAGCACAUUGAUAAAGUCGCAGAAGAAGAAGGCCUAAAACGCUACCGCGAGGCUCGAGCCAACGAGCUGUUUCCCGACGAGGUGGACACGCCCCUCGACGUGGCGGCUAGAAUCAGGUUCCAGCGCUACAGAGGCCUAAAAAGUUUCCGCUCCUCGCCGUGGGACUCCAUGGAGAACUUGCCCCUCAACUACUCGCGUAUCUUCCAGUUCCAGAGUUUUGAUCGCACUCGCCGCCGCAUACUGGCCGAGGCUGCAGCUGAGGAAGAGGGAGCCAUGGUGGGCUGGUAUGUGACGCUGCACAUCAUCGACGUGCCAUUUUCUGUGAUGGAGAGCGUCCAGUCAGGCAGACCUCUGAUGAUGGUGUCUCUCUUGCCCCAUGAACAGAAGAUGUCAGUGAUGCACCUCCUGGUGAGGAGACACCCCAGCAACACAGAGCCGAUCAAAUCUAAAGAGGAGCUGGUGUUCCACUGUGGAUUUCGGAGGUUCAGGGCGUCUCCCAUCUUCUCUCAGCACACUUCAGCUGACAAGCACAAGAUGGAGCGCUUCCUCGGGCCAGAUGCCCCCACCGUGGUGUCGGUGUUCGCUCCCAUCACCUUCCCCCCCGCGGGAAUCCUGCUCUUCAAACAAAAGGACGAUGGCAUCCAGGACCUGGUGGCUACAGGCAGUCUGCUCAGCUGUGACCCUCGGCGUGUCAUGCUGAAGAGGCUCGUAGUGAGCGGACACCCGUUCAAAAUUAACCGGCGCUCCGCGGUUGUCCGUUACAUGUUCUUUAACAGGGAUGAUAUCAUGUGGUUCAAGCCAGUGGAGCUGCGAACAAAGUGGGGUCGGAGAGGCCACAUCAAGGAGGCUUUAGGAACACACGGUCACAUGAAGUGUGUAUUUGAUAAUCAGCUGCGCUCUCAAGACACUGUCCUGAUGAAUUUGUACAAGAGAGUGUAUCCUCGCUGGACAUAUGACCCCUACGUGCCCUUGUCUUUACCCUGGGUCAAGAGAGAGGUCACCGUGGACAUGGACGACUUGGACAUGGAGUAGUGGAGGGUCAACACGACAACGUAACAAAGACACAGGACAUGUAUUUUUCAUAAAUACUUUACAUCAGUGUGAUCACAUAACCUGUGUAAUGUGUAUUAAAUAUAACUGUUUUGAUCCAAAGU